GUUUCAUGCUCGUCGCAUUCUUGCAACCAAAACAAACCAAACAAGACUUUCGACAGGCAACGACUUGACCAGUACAUAGUACAGUACAGCCCAUGGAGGGCCCUACUACUGAACAAAGACCAAGCAUGCAUACGCGUAAGCGAUCUUCCAUCUGCAUCGGAAGGCCAGACAGACGGCCCGCUAGUAUUCGAAUUCCGAGCAGUGGCAGCGCAAGCAGUACAUCGAGCAGCUACGCGCCUGUCCGCUCAGCAGAGCCUCUCUCUGCUGGUGCACUCAUGCCACUUCGUCUGGAAGCAGCAGCAGAUCCUAUUCAUCCCGCAUCUAAACAUCGACGGACUUUAUCACUUGCAACGACCGCGGAGAGAUUACCCCUUCAACUUGCCUUACAGCCUUGUCGUGAGCAGGCUGAAGAAGCAAUGGUGCGUGUACCGACGCGACGGGCACGGCCUACGAGUAUUUUCUUUUCGCGCUUCACCAGUAUCGCUCAGCCGGCAGAACCUGUCGUGACGCCGCCAGCUGUACAGACUGGUGAGCAGCAACGAGAGAUGAUGAUGCUGCGUGGACAAGUGGAGGAUUUGAGUACCCGCGUGAUGGCAAAGGACAUGACUAUCAGCAUGUUAUCAGAGCGUGUCGACGAUUUGUCUAUGGAGAUGGAAUUGAUGCGUAGCAAGAUGCGGCUUCUUGAGCAUGCAUUGAGCAAUACACCUUCUUCUGCACGACUGGAUGAUACGCUGCUGACAUCUGCUGAGGAAGACGUCGCUUGUCUCGGGCUUGCUUAUAGUGCUCAGCCAUGGCAGGAUCAAGACAAGCAACGACCCAGUCUCAGCGCGCGCAGUAUCUCAACGAGUGGUGACUCAGCCAUGGGCCAGUCCAUCAAGCAAGAGUCAAACUUUGCACAUCAGGUAUCGCCGACUCUCUCGCGGCAGUCUUCAGCAUCUGCGUAUAGCACGCCUGCGUCGACACGUACACAGAAGUAUACGGGUGAUGUGUCACCUGGUGAUGUCUCCAUGUCUGUGUUGCAACUUGAGAAUGAAGCGUUGAAGUUGGAAGUGAAGAGACUCCAAUCUGCGCUUGAAGAAGGGCUUGGGGCAUUGGCAGACCUGGCUCUUUGACGAAGCAGUCAGGUUCAGUACUUUGAGUAUAGUAGAAUGGCCCGUCGGUUGUUUGCGCAAUGCUGGUGUGCAGACUCCGUCCCGCACUGACAUGCGCAUCGCUCCAAGCACAGCAUCCUUCAUUGGUGUGCAAUGCUCACUCAGUCAAUGGGAAAGGCCGGACUUUGCCUUCGUCAAUGGAUCAAGAUCAAUGGUAUGAUCGCUCAACAAGUAAUGGAGCAGGCCACCCCAGUCUAUCGACAUGUCGGACUGUGUCGUGACAUCUCGACUCUUUGUUUAUGACUGUAUAUAGUGAAAUAUACCGUUGAGCUACCAAAAGCUGUCUACGCAAGACAUGAAUUAGUCCUGGACUUGCUCUCUACUCCUCGCGCCUCAGUACUACAUCUAGACUACUCAAUACUACUGAGCACUACAGGUAGAGUCAUUGUAGACUACUGCUACUGCUCACUGCUCCCCUGGGCCAUAUUCAGAUGAACACAAAC